UAAAACAUAAAACCACCUCCAUAUGAACCCUGACAACGAUUCAAAAUUCAAACUUGAUGAGUUCAAUUCUUAUAUUUUCAAUGUGUUUGGAUUCUUAGUAAUUUUUCAUAUAUAUACCUAUGCUCCAUGCAAUUAGCAAUGGCAUGGUGACAUUCAGUGGUGAAGUCAGAAAUUUCGAUAAGGGUGUUCAAGGAUACUUUCAAGAUUUAUAUAUGCAGGAAUAGUAACAUUUGACUUAUAUACACAGUAUAAUUUUCUGUUGAAGGGUGUUUGACUGAACAAUGUUUGGUAGUUCAAGUGCCAAAGGAGGAAUUUCCUCACUCCUGAGAUGCAGGGGAAUAGCUAAGGCCAAGAAGCGAACAAUUGUCUUUGGUCUCAAAUCUGAUAACAGCAGUAGAGAAAUGCUGCUUCGUUUGCUCAAUUUAGUUGUAAUGCCCGGAGACUAUGUACUGGCUGUUCAUGUACAAGAACCAAAUGAUACGCUUGAUCCGAAUACGUUUCACAUCCAUGAGGAUCUCUGCAAAUCCAAGCAGGUAGAUUUUCAAAUCAAGGUUUGCGUAGGAGAGUCGUAUGUAACUGAGUUGAGUAAUCAAGUACGUAUAAACUUUGCCACAAUGCUUGCGGUCGGAUGCAGCAGCUUCUGGCCGAAUGAUCAGAUUUCUGGCAACAUGUUGAAAGAAUUGCCUCCUACUUGCUUCCUUCUAGUAAUGGAUAAUGGAGGAAAAGUCCUACUCCAGAGGCCGGGGACUUCCCAAGAAGGCACUCCAAUUAAAGUUUUUCAAUCAACUGAGUGCUCUACCCAAUCAGGAAAUAAGUGUCAGAUUCAAAAAUCUCUGUCAAUGCCUUGUUCCUCAACAACAACAUCAUCACAGCCGAGCAGAAAUGCAACUUUUCCUAGGAUCAAGAAGAAUUUGAAGCUCAAUAAUGCUGCACCUAAGAAUCUGUUUCAGAGAUUAGCUUGCUUAGAAGUAAUGGAUUGUGCCAGACGCUUCACAUUGGACGAACUUAAAUGUGCAACAGACAACUUCAGUCCCAAUCUUUUGACUGGAGAGGGUGGACAUAGUCGAGUCUAUCGAGCCAAUCUCGAGAAUGGGCAGCUUGCAGCAGUGAAGGUCCUUAAGGAGACACAAUAUUCUGAAGAUGAUCUUUUCCGGGAAGUUGAAAUAUUGAGUAAUCUGAAGCACGAGAACGUAAUGCAGCUAGUCGGAUACUGUUACAGUAAGGAUAUGCGAGCAAUCGUGUAUAAUCUACUGAAGGACAGUUUGAAGCAAAGGCUAAAGCAGCUUAAUUGGAACACGAGGAUGCAAGUUGCUAUAGGAGUGGCAAGAGGAUUGGAAUACCUCCAUUCGCAAGCCCCUCCUAUCAUUCACAGAGAUGUGAAAUCAUCAAACAUUCUCUUAUCUGAUGAUUUCCACCCACAACUAUCAGAUUUUGGAGCAGCAGUGGUACACCAACAAGCUCAGCAAGAUUCAGCUUUUGUGAAACCAAUUCACGUUGUUGGGACAUUUGGAUACCUUGCACCUGAGUACAUCAUGUAUGGCAAAGUUGAUGAGAAGAUAGACGUAUACUCUUUUGGGGUGGUCCUGCUGGAAUUGAUCACAGGAAAACGGGCCAUCGAGAAAGACCUGGAAGCCCAUCAUGAAAGCUUAGUGCUGUGGGCGAGGUCUCUGCUCAGUUGUGGUCGUAGUGACCGUCUUGUUGAUCCCAACUUAAAUAAGAACUACAACAAUGAUGAGAUGAAAAUGAUGAUGUUUGCAGCACGGCUAUGCCUCUUGCAUUCAUCUUCAAGGAGGCCAACAAUGAAAACAAUCCUGCGUUUGUUUGAGGAGCCAGGGCGCUGGUUAGAGCUGCAGAGAAAGAGAGAGGAGCUUCUUGAUGGAAUUGGUUCAGAAGAUGAAACUAGCUUGUGCAGAUAUUACGGAUCAGAUUCUGAUGAAGGCAUGUUCGUAGAGGAUAGCUAAUCACAUAUGCUUGAGUUUUCCGUAAUAUAUUGGAACUAUAUUACUGGUUUUUGUUUGUUCACCAAUGCUACCACUCUCUCUCAACCCAGUCACUAAACAAAAGGACGAAAAGGGAAAACACGAACCAUUUAGGUAGGAGAUUGUAGUUCUAUAUCAAAGUGAUAUUAGAGUAUCAAAUAGAAAUGUCAUUAAGUGUCGAACACUAUUCCUGAAGUGUAAGCUCCAUUUUGUCUUUCGCCUCAGAAAUAUGUUGAAGAUUUUACCUUGAACGA